ACCUCAGAAUCUUCUCGCUGUCACUCAGCUGAACUCACAUCUCCUGCCAACAUGUCCUACAGCUGCUACUCUGGAAACAACUCCUCCCGCUCCUUCGGGGGCUACCUGCGCUCCCCAAGCUCCUCCUGUGGCUCGUCCUGCCCCAGCAACCUGGUCUACCGCACUGAUCUAUGCUCUCCCAGCACCUGUCAGCUGGGCUCCUCCCUCCCCAGUGGCUGUCAGGACACCUUCUGUGAGCCCACCAGCUGCCAGACAUCCCGUGUGGUGUCCAGCCCCUGCCAAAUGUCCUACCACCGCCCGAGGACCUCCACGCUCUCCAGUCCUUGCCAGAUGACUUGCUCUGGGUCUGUGGGCAUUGGGUCCAGCAGCUGCCAUUCCCUGGGCUAUGGAUCCAGAAGCUGCCAAUCACUAGGUUGUGGAUCCCAGAGCUUCAGAUCGCUGGGUUAUGGAGUCUAUGGCUUCCCUUCUCUGAGCUAUGGAUCCAGAUUCUCCCGCCCAACCUACUCCACUUCCAGAAGCUGCCAGUCAUCCUGUUAUAGACCAUCCUGUGGAUCUGGCUUCUAUACAUCAACUUGUUGA